GCGCGCAUUUGGCGCGCACGAGCCCGGGGAGGAGGGGACUGAGGCGCGCUCCCGCAGCCGGGACCGACCGACCGACAGGACAUCAUGGCCCAGGUGGACAUGGAGCAGCUGCGAAGCAGGGGCGCCGGCAAGUCCAUCGCCGUGCUGACCAGCGGGGGAGACGCGCAAGGUAUGAAUGCUGCAGUGCGAGCAGUGGUGCGGAUGGGAAUUUAUGUGGGAGCUGACGUUUAUUUUGUGUAUGAGGGUUAUGAAGGGCUUGUUGGUGGUGAGGAGUACUUAAAGUUGGCAGAAUGGGACAACGUUUCCAAUAUCAUCCAACUUGGUGGAACUAUCAUUGGAAGUGCCCGGUGCAAGAGUUUCCGUACUCGUGAAGGACGCCUGGCGGCAGCUUACAACCUGAUCCAACAUGGUAUCAACAAUCUGUGUGUGAUCGGGGGUGACGGCAGUCUAACUGGGGCCAAUAUCUUUCGGACAGAAUGGAGUGGCUUGCUGGCUACCCUUGUUGAAGAGGGUAAAAUCACUGAAGAUGCAUCCCAACAAUAUUCCCACUUGAACAUUGUUGGGAUGGUGGGGUCAAUUGACAAUGACUUCUGUGGGACAGACAUGACUAUUGGUACAGACUCUGCCCUGCACAGGAUCAUGGAGGUGAUUGAUGCAAUAACCACCACGGCACAGAGUCAUCAGAGAACAUUUGUACUUGAAGUCAUGGGCAGACAUUGUGGAUACCUUGCACUGGUGUCUGCAUUGGCUUCUGGUGCCGACUGGCUUUUUAUCCCAGAGGCCCCUCCAGCGGAUGGCUGGGAAGAUUUCAUGUGUAAGAGACUUGGAGAGAGUCGCAGUAGAGGCUCAAGACUGAAUAUCAUCAUCCUUGCAGAGGGAGCGAUUGACCAGCAUGGAAAUCCCAUCAGCUCCAACUACGUAAAAGAUCUUGUUUCUAAACGCCUUGGAUUUGACACACGGGUCACUGUCUUGGGACAUGUCCAACGAGGAGGAACACCUUCUGCAUUUGAUCGAAUUCUGAGCAGCAAGAUGGGCAUGGAAGCUGUACUCACACUGUUGGAUGCCUCUCCAGAGACUUCAUCUUGUGUUGUCAGCCUCUCUGGCAACCAGGCCCUGCGGCUGCCACUGAUGGAGUGUGUGAUGCUGACUAAGGAUGUUCAGAAAGCAAUGGAUGAGAAGAGAUUUGAUGAAGCCAUAACACUGCGUGGCAGGAGCUUUGAGAAUAACUGGAAUAUCUACAAACUACUGGCACACCAGAAGCCUUCUGUGACUAAGAGUAAUUUCAACCUGGCCAUCAUGAAUAUUGGAGCUCCAGCAGCAGGGAUGAAUGCAGCUGUGCGGUCCGCAGUUCGGGUUGGGCUGUCAGCUGGUCACGUAGUCUACACUGUUAGCGAUGGGCUAGAAGGUUUCUCCACAGGGCAGAUUAAGAAAGUGAGUUGGCGUGAUGUUGGAGGCUGGACUGGACAAGGCGGAUCUCUGCUGGGCACUAAACGGACACUCCCCGAAAAGUGCAUGGAUAAACUCGUGCAACAAAUACGUAACCAUAGCAUCCACGCUCUGCUGAUCAUUGGCGGGUUUGAGGCUUUUGUAGCAGCUCUGCAGUUGACCGAGGGGCGGGAACACUACGAAGAGCUCUGCAUCCCCAUCUGUGUCAUCCCCGCCACCAUUAGCAACAAUGUGCCAGGAACAGACUUCAGCCUGGGCUGCGACACUGCCGUCAAUGCAGCCAUGGAGACUUGUGAUCGCAUCAAGCAGUCGGCUUCAGGAACCAAGCGCCGAGUCUUCAUCGUGGAGACCAUGGGCGGAUACUGUGGCUACCUGGCCUCGGCCACUGCUCUGGCCGUCGGGGCUGAUGCUGCUUAUAUCUACGAAGACCCAAUCAAUAUCCAUGACCUAACGGCCAAUGUGGAGCACCUGACGGGGAAGAUGAAGACAACAGUGCAGCGAGGGCUGGUGUUAAGAAAUGAGAAAUGCCACCCACACUAUACCACAGAAUUCUUGUACAACCUGUACUCUGCUGAAGGGAAAGGCGUAUUCGACUGUCGUACCAAUGUGCUGGGCCACAUGCAGCAGGGAGGCGCUCCUACCCCGUUCGAUAGGAACUUUGGUACAAAGCUGGGUGUGAAGGCUGUGCAGUGGCUUACGGAGAAGCUCCAGGAGUCCCACAGGAAAGGGAGAGUCUUCGCCAACUCUCCAGAGACUGCCUGUGUCCUGGGAAUGAACAGGAAGGCCCUGGUUUUCCGACCUGUCACAGAACUGAAGGGGGAAACCGACUUUGAGCACCGGAUGCCCAAGGAACAGUGGUGGCUGAGGCUCCGGCCCCUGCUGAAGAUGUUGGCCAAGUACCAGACUCGCUUCGACAACUACAUCACGGGGAAGGUGGAGCACGUCAACCGGAGGAGCCUCAGUGUGGAAUCUGGUUUCUGAGAGAGGCAGCUUGCGGAUACUGUGUCUCCCCUACCAAUGCAUUUCAUCCCUUUUCUGUGUCCAACUGUGAAUUAGUGUACAAUAGCUUGCUCCUAUAGAGCACGUGAAACCUGGAACAUCCCUUGGUGCUUUAGGCACACUUUCAGACUAAAGGAGUUUUAUACCCCAAGUGGUAACAGCAUUGGCCCUGAAGAGGCAAUCUCUCUUGCACUCUUAGAGCAGGAUAUUCUCUCCCUCUCCUUCCCCUCUCUUUUUCUUUCUCUCUUCCUCUAUCCUUCUCUAUCUCUCUCCACCCCCCCAUCUCUAUCUCUUCACAGGAGUUCUGCAACUACAAGAGCUCCAAACAAAGCAAACAGUGUUCUUAGUAUUUUUAGUUGAUUGACUCCUGAUGAAAGUAAUCUAAUGCUAAUGCUUCCACUCAGUGCAAUAACUCAAGUCUGUCUGAAGGGUGAAAGCAGAGAAAGGAAGUGGGGAUGGUUGGAACAGUAUUUUUUCAGUGUUUCUAGACAAUCGUGUAACGGAAUGAGUGGGGAGGGGUGCCAAAGAUCAAGUCACAAAGUGAGCGUCUUAGCUAGCUGCUCCAUUUCAUAGGAAAUGCAAACACAGCACUGAGAUAACUACCUCCCCACAUCUAACCACAGCAAAGCAUCUCCCAAAAAUAAUUCUGAAAGCAUAGCUGUUGUGUCUGUACAUUCUGUGCCAGUCAGCCCUAGUGCUGAAUGCACACUCUCCUACUUUUAGCACCUGUGUUGAGUACACUGUUAUGUCAACAUCCUCCGAAAUUUACUGAUGUUGUUUAAAUCACCGCUUGAUUGCAAUGUAGGGCCAGGAAGUGAAUAAUACUGAUCCUAUUUUUUCAGAAAUAUAUUGAUCCUGGAAUUAAUUGUGGUUAAUUUUACUAGAUUCUUUUAACAACCCCACAUUUAAAAUUUGAAGUUCAACCCCAGUUCAUAGCAGGUUUAUCUUAAGAAGGUGUUGUCAAUGUUUCAGAGAACUCAGCCGUGGAUUAUUGUCGCAAAUACAUCAUGCAUUUAUUCCAGUGUUUUCAAAUGAAUAAACAUUUGUUAAGUAUUAAGGUGGCAUUUCCCUAAGUAUUACCAUAGCAUGCACUGGUUGUGUGGCCGUUCCAGCCAAUGCUACGUCCUUUGUGUUGUCACUGUUAACUUGUGUUCAACCAAGGCAAGGCAGCAGGAUGGAUUAUUAUUACUCUGUCCGCCUGAGUUUCCUUUGCCAGCUGGUAAACUCAGGUCUGCUUGAUGAAUACAAGGUGCAACAUAGGAUAUCUGGUCUGCACACCAGCAGGUGCAACCUCUCACUAUGCACCAGAGCAUGGUGAAAGCAGUUUACCUCCUAGCUGGCUGUUGUUCACCUGCCCCAGAGGGAUCAACUCUUGCACAGUGUUGAGAAGUUCUCUGUGCCAAUGUGAUGCCUUGAAAUCUCCCAACAAUAAUUCAAUGGCGUACAUUAACUGUUGUAUUCCACCGCUUUCAUUAUUGAGUAAACUGUCAUUGGCCAGUGUAUCUAAUAUGUACAAUGGCUUUCUGUGGGCUCUAUGUAUAUAAAAUUGUCUACAUCAUGUACUGACAUUGGAAUUUGAACUAGAUAGAUUGUCUUGUGAUUAAAUUUAUAUCGCACAAUU